CAAAUACCCUCGAUAAAUUUCCGGAAUUCCUUUACUUUCAAUUAAACAUCCCAUCCUUUCAAGCAACACUUUUUAAUCAAAAACCCACAUAAAAAUCAAUCACCAUGGAUGACUGGGAGUCAACUACAAAGAUUGGAAAGAAUGUUCGUGGAGGAGCUGGCGCAAACAGAGAGACUGUCAUCAGAGGAGCUGCUGCAUUGAAUGCUGCUAAGAGAAGUGGAGGAGCUAUUACUACUGAGAAGAAAUUUGCUUCCGGUAAUGCUGGCUCUUCAGGAGAAGGUCAACAUCUCACCAAAGUCGAUCGCUCCGAUGAAAUCAUUAAGCCAAAGACCGUUGGUAUGGAAGUAGCCCGAGCCAUCCAAGAUGGGCGCAAGGCCAAAAACAUCAAAACCCAAGCCGACCUCGCCAAAUUAUGCAACACUACCCCAAAGAUUGUCAACGACAUGGAAAGAGGUGUCGCCACUCCUGAUCAAAAAGUUUUGAACAAUAUGGAACGUGUUUUGGGUAUUAAGUUGCGUGGAAAUGAUAUUGGAGGUUCCAAGUUUGGAGGACCAAAGAAAAAUGCUACACCUGCUCCUGCAGCAAAGGCAGCACCCGUUAAGACUACAAUUAAGAUUGUUCCUCCUACGGCUGGGCCACCGAGUGCGAAGAGUGGAACUCCUGUUUCUGGUACCCCUAAGACUGGUACUCCAGGUGGAGCGGAUGAUGAUGAGUAAAUGCGGAUAGUGUGAUGAUGUUAUAAGGGGGCGAGUCCUAGCAAUGAGUAUUGGUGGACGGUAGAUGGUGAAUGGUAGCUACUUCAAGCUAUGGAGUUUAUGAAUAGAUGAGAUGCAUGAAAGAAUAAAUGAAAGCAUUAGAUAUCAAGAGGUUUUCAUUGCGUUGGAUUUCAAUGUUAUUAUACCUGGCGAUUAUGGUCCAUCAGAGUAGAUAAAUCAUUUACUCAAUU